AUGGCAGAGAAUCAGGAACUGUUCUGUUGCUCCAUCUGUCUGGGUCUACUGAAGGAUCCGGUGACUACUGCCUGUGGACACAGUUACUGUAUGGGAUGUAUUAAAGAAUGCUGGGAUCAGGAUGAUCUGAAAGGUUUCUACAGCUGUCCACAGUGCAGACAGACCUUUAACCCAAGGCCUGUUCUGAACAGGAGCACUGUGCUGGCUGAGGUGGUGGAGAAACACCGCUAUGCUGGACCUGGAGAUGUGGCGUGUGAUGUCUGCACUGGGACCAGAAAGCAGAAAGCCCUCAUGUCCUGUCUGGCGUGUCUGGCCUCUUACUGUGAGACUCACCUCCAACCUCACUAUGAAUCUCCUGCUUUCAAGAAGCACAAGCUGGUCAAAGCCACCGCACAACUACAGGAGAAGAUCUGCUCUCAUCAUGACAAACUGCUGGAGGUUUACUGUCGUACCGAUCAGCAGUGUAUCUGUAUGCUGUGUACAAUGGAUGAACAUAAAGGCCAUGAUACAGUGUCAGCUGCAGCAGAGAGGACUGAGAAACAGAGGCAGCUGGGGAUGAGUCAGCAGAAGGUCCAGCAGAGAUUCCAGGAGAGAGAGAAGGAGCUGAAGGAGCUCCAACAGGCUGUGGAGUCUUUCAAGCGCUCUGCACAGUCAGCAGUGGAGGACAGUGAUCAGAUCUUUACUGAGCUGAUCCGCUCCAUUGAGAAAAGGAGCUCUGAGGUGAAGGAGCUGAUCAGAGCCCAAGAGAAGUCUCAAGUGAGUCAAGCUGAAGAACUCCUGGAGCAACUGAAGCAGGAGAUAGCUGAGCUGAGGAAGAGAAGCACUGAGCUGGAGCAGCUCUCACACACAGAGGAUCACAUCCAUUUCCUCCAGUACUUUGGAGAUGUGAGUAAGACUGUGUCUGAACUGAGAGAGAAUAUCAUUGAUCAGCUUGUUGGUCCUAAUUGA